CGCAAUAUAUCUCGGUCACCCAAAUUUUUUUCCAUCCUGCUCCCACCUGAGAAUUCUCUCUUCCAACCCACCAAACUUCAAAGAAGAACAUCACGAGCAAACAUCCCAUUAUUUUCUAGAUUCGGGCGCUCUCAGUGAUAAUACUGGGAGAUUUUGAGUCUAUUUCGUUUCGACCUAAUUCUAUUCCGUCGGGACGCUGCAGAACUUCUCUGAUCGAGACGUCUGCCGAUUUUUUUCUCUCUGCCCCACCAUCAACUUCAUCGAGUAUUUCUAGAUCUCAAGCAGGGCUUGUGAUCUGGAAAUUUUUGCGACACUUCACUCGCAAUCAUGGCUACUGAUAAGGGACUCGAAGAUGUCCCCGAGGGACAGAUCGAGUCCAACUAUGACGAGACCGUUGACUCCUUCGAUGACAUGAACCUGAAGUCCGAGUUGCUUCGAGGUAUCUAUGCCUAUGGCUUCGAGCGCCCCUCUGCUAUUCAGCAGCGCGCUAUCAUGCCCGUCAUCAAGGGUCAUGAUGUUAUUGCCCAAGCCCAGUCCGGUACCGGCAAGACGGCUACUUUCUCCAUCUCUGUUCUGCAGAAGAUCGAUCCCAACAUCAAGCAGUGCCAGGCUCUCAUUCUUGCCCCGACUCGUGAGCUGGCUCAGCAGAUCCAGAAGGUCGUCGUCGCCAUUGGCGACUUCAUGAAGGUCGAGUGCCACGCCUGCAUUGGUGGAACCAGUGUUCGCGAUGAUAUGAAGGCCCUUCAGGAUGGUCCCCAAGUCGUUGUCGGAACACCUGGUCGUGUUCAGGACAUGAUCCAGCGUCGCUUCCUGAAGACCGACUCCAUGAAGAUGUUCGUUCUCGACGAGGCCGACGAGAUGCUUUCUCGUGGUUUCACUGAGCAAAUCUACGACAUCUUCCAGCUUCUGCCUCAGUCCACUCAGGUCGUCCUCCUCUCGGCCACCAUGCCCCAGGACGUCCUCGAGGUCACCACCAAGUUCAUGCGUGACCCUGUCCGCAUCCUGGUCAAGAAGGACGAGCUUACCCUCGAGGGUAUCAAGCAGUUCUACAUCGCUGUUGAGAAGGAAGAGUGGAAGCUUGAUACGCUUUCCGACCUGUACGAGACGGUCACCAUCACCCAGGCCGUCAUCUUCUGCAACACCCGCCGGAAGGUUGACUGGCUGACCGACAAGCUGACUGCUCGUGACUUCACCGUCUCCGCCAUGCACGGCGAUAUGGACCAGGCCCAGCGUGACCUGAUUAUGAAGGAAUUCCGAUCGGGCUCCUCGCGCGUCCUCAUUGCCACUGACCUUCUGGCCCGCGGCAUCGAUGUCCAGCAGGUUUCCCUGGUUAUCAACUACGAUCUCCCUGCCAACCGUGAGAACUACAUCCACCGCAUUGGUCGUGGUGGUCGUUUCGGCCGCAAGGGCGUUGCCAUCAACUUCGUCACGGCCGAGGAUGUGCGCAUGAUGCGUGAGAUCGAGCAGUUCUACAGCACCCAGAUCGAGGAAAUGCCCAUGAACGUGGCCGAUCUGAUCUAGGUUGAUCUGAUCUGAACACCUCGGGCUUCACUUUCCUACCCUUCUAUUCAUCUGCAUACCUGCUACUCGCCGCGUUCCGCAUUCGAUUGAUUCUUGGGGGAGGGGCAUCAGUUGCUUUAUCCGAUAGAAGGAGAAGAGCCGGCAGGCCUGAAAUAGGUAGAUGGUCUUGCAUGUUGAAGCUUUGGACUUCCCUCAGAAAAAGUGCUGGGAACUGGACAGGUGUUUUGCGGCUCCGGCAUCUUAAUUCUAUUGGAUGGUGCCCGGUGCCAACAAAAGAUAAAAGGCAGGGUUUGCGGCUGCUUUAUUUCCUUAAUCGUCAUCUGUAACUAGUGCUCGAGGAAGUUUUUUCCUAGAAAAUGCCAACUUAGAUUGACCAAA